AUGCAACUGGAGUUCCUGGGCGAGCUCGGGCUUACGGAGUACCAGGAGGCAAUUGAGAGCUGGGCUGCGGAGAUGGGCGCGGUCUUUCUGGAGGAGCUGCUGGACAAUGCGGAGGAGCUCGCGGAGUCUCUGGCCUUGAAGCCGCUGGAGAAGAAGAGACUACAACGGCAUGGCCAUGAGGUUUUGGCGCGGGUGCAGCCAGAGCGUCUCUGUGAGCCACUUCGGCCAUCGACUCGGACUGCGCAGGCGCCUUCACCGGAAGACUUGCCCUUGGCGCUCUUCAAGUGA